GGCGCUUGGCGCGUAGUUUCACCUCAGCUGCAGCGUCAUGUCUAGCACAAAUUUCAUUGAUUUUGUGAACACCAACACCACGUGCGGUAUGGACGCGUGCUUCACGGCUUUUGACAAAAACUGUGAUAAUAAACUGGAUUUAGAAGAAUUUAGGAUACUCUGCCAGGCUUUAUUUAGAAAUAAUAAGGGUGAAACUUAUGAACUGAAGGAAAAUGAGUUAAGAGAUGUUUUUCGUAUAUUCGACGUCAAUACUGAUCAAUAUAUUGAUAGGCAAGAAUUCACAUUUUGUUGGCAUAAUUGGAUAAAAAUCAUUGUCCGUCCAAUAUCAGCGAUUUUAAUAAUAGAUGUUCAGAAUGAUUUCAUCUGCGGCACUCUGGAUAUACGUAAUUGUCCAGCAAAACAAAACGCCGAAGAAAUUCUUCAGCCCAUUAACAAUAUCUUGGAAACUAUCGAAUUUGAUGCUAUUUUCUAUUCUUAUGAUUGGCACCCUAGCGAUCAUGUUUCUUUUAUUGACAAUAUAAAUCUUAGAAAAUUACAUCAGAGCAGUCCAAUAACGGAUCCUGAAAAGGUUCAACUAUAUGAUAGUGUUGUGUUUGAAGGAGAUCCUCCAAUCACUCAAAGAAUGUGGCCUAGGCACUGUGUGCAGAAUACGUGGGGAAGUGAGUUACAUAAGGACCUAAAGGUAGCUGAAAAUGCUAUCAAAAUAUAUAAAGGCACAAAUCCUGAAGUAGAUUCGUAUUCAGCGUUUUGGGAUAAUUCAAAAUUGACAGACACCAAACUAGCUGAACAACUGAAAGUUAGAAACAUCACAGACGUAUAUGUAUGCGGCGUAGCGUAUGACGUGUGUGUAGGUGCAACUGCAAUAGAUGCCAUUUCAAGUGGGUUCCGCACAAUUCUCCUUGAUGACUGCUGCAGAGGAGUUGAUCUUCUUGAUAUUGAAAAAACUAAAAAUACUGUGAUAAAAAACCACGGAAUCGUUGUUAACUCGGAGCGAGUUAAAAAUAUGGUAGAAGGAAACGAUAGAAGACCUGAGUUGGGUUACAAAUUAGCUUUAAAUUUAAAAGAACAACAAAAAUAGAUGUAGUAUUUACGUGAAUUUAUUAUAGUUAAAUGUAUUUAUUGUAUAUCUGUUGUAAUACAAUGUGAACAUCAUUCAUUGAAUGCGAGAUUUUAAAAAAAUAAACCGCUAAAUUUUAGAUUUAUACACACAUGUGUCUUCGGAUAGAUGAUACUACUCCUGUAAGAGAUUGAAUUUUCUCGAUUCCAAUUUCUAUUUUUUGAGGUUUAGUCUUACUUGGAAAAAGACUAAUGCUUACAAAAGUUUUCAAAGAUCAAGUAUAUCUCGGAAAUUUUCUUAAUAGUAGAGUGCCUUUUUUAGGGCAAAUAUGAUAAAAACUUAUAGGAAAAAGUUGAUUAGAUUCAAUAUCUAGACCAAUAUAUCAAUAAACUCCUAAAUCAGUUGUCAAAUUCAAUUUCCGAGUUGCAAAAUCCAUUAUUGAUCUAGGCAUCCAACAUGUCACAUCUAUUAUCUCUAACCAUUCUCACCAAUUUGAAUGUAUCAACC